AUGGCAAUUGAACCUCUCCUUGACGAUCUGGACAGCGCUUCCUCUUCCCAGCAGCAACUCACCGUGGACAGCUAUGACCUGAGCAGUCCGCUGUUCCUGGCCCAGCCGACAACCACUGGAGCAAGCACAUAUCUGCAUGCUGCAGCCACCAGCCCUGGGUUGUGCAAUUUUAAUAGCAGCCUUGGACAAAACCAAUUUCAGAUUGCCGCAGGGGGUAGUAGCCCCGAGUACUGCCAGACCAGAUCAAACGAUGCUCUUCACUACAUAAGCCAGAUGCUAAUGGAGGACGUUGAUGAGACACCGGUCGGCGUGUGCCAAGAGGAGGCUGCUCUCCAGGCUGCCGAGAAACCAUUCCGUGACAUCCUUGGGCCUGUAUGCCCGCCGGCUACUAACUGGCCGCCAUUGCAUAGCAACAACGAAACAGGUGACUUUCAUAAUAGUUGGACCGGCCGUUACAAGAGGCUCUGGAGCGCUAGCUUCAGUAAUGACUACUACAGUUACAGCAUGUUACAGCCCUUAACAAACCCGUUGAGUCCAUAUACUGGCUCUGUACAAAAACGUCCAUUUAUAAGUGUUGGACUGACUUCUAGAUCUGGUUUCCCUGCCUUGCAUCGUCAGAGAGGUGUCAAGGAGGCAACAAUGGCUGCUCCAAGUAUUGAUAAGCUGGUGAUAUAUUUAGAGAAUGGCAUACUUUCUAUUACCAAACUGACUACAGGUGCCAAAGUAGGAGAGAGGAGCGAAAAUGCAAUCUUUGAGGUGGCAGACCCAAGUGACCCAAGCGAAAACUGGGAUAUCUUGGAAGGAAGGAGCAAUAAACAUCUUGCCUUCACUACUUGUGCAAUAAUCCGGAAUGAAAAUUUCGACCGAAUUCUGCUAUGCUAUGGCCGGAAGAGUUUCGAACAAAUAACAAGAUCACGAAGAGGGAUGGCAGAGGAAGGCAACAAGAGCUCGAUGAAAGGCCGGAGCAAAGGACAUCAGAAGUUAUGGCAGAGGAAGCAACCGAGGAGAGAGUUGGUUGAUCUCAGGACUCUCCUCGUCAAUUGCGCACAAGCUGUGGCAGAACACGACCACCUGGUGGCCAGUGAACUCCUAAAGAAGAUAAGACAGCACUCCUCAGCAGAUGGUGAUUGUACUCAGAGACUAGCAUUUUACUUGGCGGAUGGCCUCGAGGCACGCUUGGCUGGGAUUGGGAGUCAGGUUUAUCGCAACCUCAUGGAGAGGCGAACAAGUACCACAGAUUGGUUAGACGCUUGCAGCCAUUUUCAUGCAUCCUGCCCUUUCGACAGGACGUCACACUACUUUGCCAGCCAAGCAAUUCUUGGUGUUUCACAAGGGCAACCAAGGGUGCACAUUGUUGAUUUCGGUAUCGGCUUCGGCCUUCAGUGGCCAUUAAUGAUUCAGAGGUUUUCACAGCAAGAAGAGGGAGCCCCUAAGCUUCGGAUCACAGGUAUAGACGUUCCCCAGCCAGGUUUACACCCCUGCGAAAUGAUUGAGGAGACAGGGAAGCGGCUGGCUGAUUAUGCAAACAUGUUCAAGGUACCUUUUCAGUAUCAGGGCAUUGCAGCUUCAAGAUGGGAGACCAUCAAAAUUGAGGAUCUUAACAUUGACGAGGAUGAGGUUCUGAUAAUCAACUGCAUGUUCCGGAUGAAGAAUCUCGGUCAUGAAACCGAAGCCGUAAAUAGUAGGGAUAAGGUGCUCAAAACUCUGAGGAGGAUGAAGCCAAAGAUUUUUAUUUUGGGCACCGUGAAUGGGUUAAGCUGUUCACCCUUCUUCAUACAACGCUUCAAAGAGGUUAUGUUCCAUUACUCUUCACUGUUUGACAUGCUAGAUGCAAAUUUUCCUCCACGGGAUAACAAAGCAAGAAAGAUGAUUGAGAAGAUCCUAUUUGGGCAGGAUGCACUUAACAUCAUAGCAUGUGAAGGUGCAGAAAGAACUGAGAGGCCAGAAAGUUACAGGCAGUGGCAGGCAAGGUGCCUCAAGGCUGGGUUCCAGCCGCUUCCUGUCGAUCCAGCCAUCUUAAAGAACAUAGUACAAAUGAAGAACAAACUUUCUCAUGAGGAAUUCUUUGUUGUCGAGGAUCGCGGUUGGCUGCUACAAGGAUGGAAAGGGAGGGUACUUUAUGCUAUAUCUAAAUGGAAACCUAACGAAACAUAUGAUGAUAAGUAA